CGCGCGGGCUGGGCCGGUGGCUGAGAAGCAGGGCAAAAGUCGCCGUUAACGAGGCGUUUGUCGCUUGUCGCCUCUCUUGUUUUUCCCCCGCCAUGACUUCAGAGCGGGAAGCGGGCGGUCAGGGCAUCAAGUUAUCAGCAGAGGUCAAACCGUUUGUCCCCAAAUAUGCGGCGGUAACAGUGGCAUGGUCAGAACCCUCAGAAGCAUGUGUCUUUCCUAGAUAUUAUGCUACAUGCUACCCAUAUGUUCAGGAGCCACCAGUGGAUAAACAACGAGUAUAUAGUCAAGAUGUGCCCUGGGAUACCACUACCUCUCUUUCCCAACAUGCAUCUCAGAAUCCUAUGGGAUGUAGUUCGCUUGGGGAGUACACCAGUUCUCCUUAUUCACUUGAUGUCGCACCAAACGCAUAUGGAGUUACCAACAUCCAGUGUGAAAACAACAGCACUAAACUCUACAGUUCUUCUAGACAAGACAGAGACUAUGCCAAACAGACUUUUCUUAUCCAAAAAGAGUGUGCAAGUCUUCCCAGGAGGCGAGUGAAAGACCAUGAAUUCACACCGGAGAAUAAAAGACCUGAGGGGAGUGACUUUUCUAUCAGAUCAACAGAAAGUUCAUCUUAUACUGCUCUGCAUGGCAGAAAUCCUAUUAAAUCAGAUCGGCCUAUUAAAGCUGGGACCGGGAAAUUCAAGCAAAUCCCGAACAAUGAGUGUCUUCCAGAACCUGCCUUUGAAAUUACCCUCUCAGAUUUCCCAAAAUUGCAAGGUCUGGGAAGUAGUGAUCUGCUGGACCUUCAGAAACAUACAUGGGGGUCUCUUGGCUCUGCUGAAGGAGAUAAGCUUUUUCUGAAACCUUCAGAAAAACCAGCGAUUUCAGCUUUAGUCACCAAACAGGGUGAAGUAUCUUUGAAAAAGCAUUUCCCAGCAAGACCUUUGAGUUCUUCAUCAGACCCUGGAGUUUCUCAGGUAUGUCCGGGUUUUUUCACCGAGGCACCAGUGUCUUGGGCCACUGUGCUGUCACAAACUCCCAAGAGAGUUGUUUCAACUCCAGCUGCAGUUCUUACCAGCAACCAUUCUGGCAGUAAAGGAAAAGAUGGAACUCCUGAAGAUUGUAAGUCAGAAACAAGAGACAAUGCCAGUGACCAUGAACUUGAAGAAACAGCAGACAAGAAGAAGAAGAAAAAGAGGAAGAAAAAGAAAGCCAAACCAAACAGUGAAGUGGAAAAACUUCCUACCAAGAGCAUUUUAAUUCAGGAACCUCCAAGAAUUGAGGAUGAUGAAGAAUUUCCAAACCUAACAGCUGCUACCGAUAAAAAAUACAAGCCAGGGACUCAAAGGCUGUGUUGUGCAGCAGAUGUUACCUGGGAACAGGCUGAAGCAAUAAUAAUGAAGGAAGCUAGGUUUGAGUCUCAUGAUGGCCAUCCUCAAAAUGAAUUGGUGACUCGCAAGGCAGAUGUACCAUCAGGAAGAAAAACAAGCAAACAUGUUUUACCUGCACCAGUAGAAAAAAGGAAAACACAGGAGCCAUCCAAGAGCAGUGGGAAGAAGAGUCAGAUUCCCGUGCAGCUCGAUUUGGGGGGUAUGCUGGCAGCUUUGGAGCAAAAGCAACAUGUGGAAAAAUCAAAACAGCCAUCCAAACCCGUGGUGCUUUCAGUUGGUGGUGCAGUAACUUUGCUUUCAAAAGAAUCUAUGAUAGUAACAAAAAGUCAACAACUAAAUCAAGGGAAGACUCCACAUAACCCUUUGGACUCCAGUGCUCCUUUGGUCAAGAAGGGAAAGCAGAGAGAAGUUCCUAAGGCAAAGAAGCCAACAUCACUCAAAAAGAUUAUUUUGAAAGAGAGAGAGCAGCGGAAACAGCAACACCUUUUAGAACAGAUGGCAAUACCAAAGGAUAAUGAAGUUGUUCAGCAGGGUGCAGAAACUACUCCUGAGGUUCAGACACUUUCAGAAGACAGCAAAGCAGAGAGUGCAGAUGAAUCCCCUGCAGAUCCUGUAACCCAAAGUAAUUCAGAAGUACACCUGAAAUGUACAGAACUCCAUGGUUCCACAGAGAACUCCCUUGUUCCAACACAGCUGAAUUCCAACCUUCCCAAAAUCCACAGCCGAAGAUUCAGAGAUUACUGUACCCAAGUACUUAGUAAAGAGGUUGACAGCUGCGUAACAGACCUCUUGAAAGAGCUGGUUCGCUUCCAAGACCGCCUGUAUCAGAAAGAUCCUGUCAAGGCCAAGACGAAACGCAGGCUUGUUAUGGGGCUCAGAGAAGUGUUGAAACACUUGAAGCUGAAAAAGUUGAAAUGUGUCAUCAUUUCCCCAAAUUGUGAAAAAAUUCAGUCAAAAGGUGGGUUGGAUGAGACUCUGCAUCUCAUUAUUGACUCUGCCUGUGAACAGAAUAUCCCAUUUGUUUUUGCUCUCAGUCGCAAAGCUCUCGGGCGCUGUGUGAACAAAGCAGUGCCUGUCAGCGUGGUUGGAAUUUUCAGCUAUGACGGUGCUCAGGACUAUUUUCACAAAAUGGUGGAUCUGACAAUGGAAGCAAGACAGGCCUAUAAGGAGAUGAUUGCAGCUUUAGAGAGAGAGCCAUCUGAAGAAGAAAAUGAAAGUGACUGUGCACCCUUAAAAGCCCAUUAUAGCGAGAGCAGUCCUCUAGAUACUGGUGAAGUGCCCCUUCCAGAAUCUGAUGAUGAUGUCCCAGAUUACAUUAAAAUCUGGAAGCGAAAGCUUGAAGAGGAGUAUAACCCUUACAUGCUGGAGCUGGAAAAACAGUCAACUACUGAAAUGUUGACCUUGGGUUUUGGAGAGCCUCAGUAAAUCAAGACAACCUUC